GGCAUUGACCAAUUUUGACCACCAUUGACGGAGAAGUCAACGCGAAGAUCCCUUUGUGGCAUUCAAUGCCCGCGCAACAACACCACCAACUACGAACAAACGCAGGUCGUCGCGCUUAUAAGAAAUUCCUGGGGAGAAGACGAUGAGCGAAUCAAUCCCCUCACAUUAAUUCCACCCAUUGACUUCGCUGGCCGUGUAAGUAGUAGUGUGUGUUGGUGCUGUUGCUCAGUGCUGCUGGCUUGUUCUAAACUUUUUUUCUUUCUCUUUUGGCCCCCAUCCAUCUUCUCUUUUGCCUGUCUUCUCCAACACGCUUUGAUGAGCCCCACCAGCCAUGGCCAGCCAGCUUUGGUGCCUGCAAUUGAUUGCAAAGUGAGUGGAGCGAGGAAAAGAACUUAACGAGAGAGAAGAGGGGCAUUAUAAGGACCCCGUGCUUAGCAUUCGCGGCCAAAUCCACCACUCUCCCUCUUUUCCUUUCCCCAUCACUUCCUUGCAUUUACCUCCACAACGCUUGCUUAUCUCAUCUUCAAACUCCACCGGAGGAACGCAAGGGAGUAGCAGCAGCAGCAGCAGCAGCAGCGCUGGGAUCGAAUCAAGGACGUGCCUGGAGGAAAACGAUUCCUGAGGACUUUCCAAAAGCGAAAAGAAAAGAAAUAAAAAAGACCACCACCACUCUCACCUCCAGGAAAGGCAAAUCCACAGGCCUGUUCCAGCAAUGUUGAAGCAGCAGCAUCAUCACCAAGUCACAAUUCAUGGAGUCAAGACCGUGGUUUCAAUUCAUCCCUCCCAGCUCGCAAUCCACCCCGUCUCCAAGCUCGACAGCAUCCUCAGCAACUUCUACCUCCACACUGUCAUCUACUUCGACAAGGUACCGACUUCCUCUCCCUGGGAAGUCGAAAGAGAGGAGCUCAACUUCUCCCUGGCCGAAGUUCUCGAUCUUUUCCCCUCCGUGAGCGGGAGGCUGCGGGUGCUGGACAACGGCAACCUGGGAAUCAAGAGCAACGAUGCCGGCAUCCGAGUCGUGGAAGCGACCUGCGACUCGAGCCUCCGGGAGUGGCUCGAGGCGGAAAAGGACGGAUCCAACCGGCAGCAGCUUCUUCCGGAGGUCCGAAUCUCCGACUACAGCGUCUCUCCGCUGCUCGCCAUCCAGUAUACUCUGUUCCGCGGCGGAGGCCUCGCUCUCGGACUAAGUUGGUGCCACAUUCUCGCCGACUUCAUGUCCAUGGACCUGCUGGUGAAGCUCUGGGGUGAGGCUCACCGGAAGCAAGGCAAGCUCUCGUCACGUCCCACGUCCAGCGUCGAUGUCACCUCGGCCGACGUCCAGCUCCCGCAGCCCUUCGCGCACACCAACUUGAGCAUCAACGCGUCGGAGCUGGACACCCGCGUCUUCCACUUCGGCUCCAAAGUGGUCGAGGCGAUCACGCGCGAGUCCGGCGGCGGCGGCGGCGAGACGGAGGCUCUGUGCGCCGCGGUGUGGAAGGCCGUCGUCAAGGCACAGGAGCAGCCGAGCAGCGGCGACUCGCGGCUGUGCUUGUGGAGCAACACCAACUUGGAGCGGAACCGCGGCUACUUUGGAAACUCUGCCACCGCCUUUAAGUUCGUGGACGCGGUCUCGCCGCUCGGUCAGUCCAGCGUGAGCGACGUUGCAAAGGCGAUCCAGCUGGGAACCAGGACCAACGGAUCCUACAAGUGCGCCUCCUCCUUCUUCGCCAACAACGUUCUCUUUUGCAACUGGGCCGCCAACGUUCCCGUCUACGACGAUGCCGACUUUGGCUUCUCCAAGCCGUUCUACGUCGAGUUCCUGGCGGCUCCGCUCUUCGGCGAGGGGAUGGUGACCAUCGCUCCCGGCCGCGAAGGCGGGCGCAGCAAGAGCGUGUGUGUGUCUCUUCGAUCCGAGGCCAUGAAAAGGCUGCUGCAGGAAAGUUAUUUUGGUAGCUCCUCCACCAAGCCGGCUAACGGCGUGAUCUCUUGACGCAUCACGCAUUUCUAAACUCGUUUGUGAAACGCUCCAAGAUCGUCCUAGGAGAGGCGAUGAAUCCCUGUAAUCUAUUUCUGCCAGAAAAAACGGGAAAACGUCCGUGCGUUUGGAAUGGAAUAAGAGAAGAUGAGGAAGUUCUCACCUCUAUAAUUGAGA